CUCUCUCGCUCCAGGUCGCGAACAAAAUCGCAAAGAAACGUCAAAUCAAAACAUUAAAAAUUUUCACACGAAACGGGUCGGGUCGGAAUUUUGUGUUGUCUGCUCCGUCGCGCUCAGAACCGAGAUUGUCCAAGAUUUCAUAAUUUUGCGUGCGUUUUUUUUACUCUCGGGAGUUGCCAAAGAUCAACCGGAAGUGUUAGGCUGGACAUCCCGAGAAUCCGUGUCAUGGCCUACUGCACUAGAAGAGGAACUCGCUAGGGAUGGUCACGGUCGUCGUCGUCUUGGGGAUGGGGGCAGGGGUGGCGUAACUCGUGUCCAAAAGGUCGUAAUUUUUGUGUGUUUGCGGGUGUGCCGUCGUCGGAAGUGGCCACCGGAGCAGCUUGUUGAUAGCGAGGUUGAGAGUGAGAGUGAUUUGUGAAGGGGGAGGAGGAGGAGGGGCCAAACUAGGGGUGUCAACCAACCGAAUCAGUGUGCCAGUGAGAAAGAUCUUCAAGGAUCCGUCAAGGACUACCUUGAUUGAAGCCCGACACACACACGUCGGUCGCGUGAAUCUACGGAGUUUGUUUGUGUGUGCGUGCCCAGUAGUUGAACGGGUUGCUACGACCUGACUCGAAGAAAACAAGUGCAUUCCAAGUCGUUCGAAAGAGGGUGGGUUUGAGGGAGGGGAGGGGUGUCAACCUGUCCUGUCAACGAGUAGCAGCAGUAGGCCUUGGGUGCAGGAAGAGAGUGGCGCGGUGAACGACCACCCCGUAAAUUGGCACCUUCCGACGGCCUACUACGAGCUGAGCUGAUCCGGGUGUUGUGGAGCAGAUUUUUGUGCGGGGUCCAAACGAUGAUGAAGACGAUGAUGACGGCGGCCACGACUGGGUGAAGGUGCCACUCGAUGCCCAUUUAGGGAAAGUCACGGCAGACGACACCUUGAGGGGGACACCACCCCCACCCGCUUGAAACGAAACCAUCCCAGAAGCAGAAGUCGCUGAAUUGACUGCGAGAAUCCUCAACGACAGUGAAAGCCUAACAAGAAGAAAAUAAUAAUAAUCAUGAAAUGGCAGAGGCCUAAAGAAAUAAGAAAAAUGUGAAAAAUGCCUAAUUUGCGGGAAAAGUGAGCAAAAAAAGUGUGACGACGGAAAAUUGGCCGUCAAAUAAAACCAGAAGAAAAAGAAGCUAAAUUUAAAGUCAACAACAGCAAAAGAAGAAGAAGAAGAAGAAAAGUCAAAACAUCAACAUCAUCAGCAAGAGACGCAGCAAUCAUGUCGGAGAGCACAUCGAACCACCGGCGGUCGACGUCCUUCACGACGAUGCCCCCGGUGCUGACCGACAGCCAGAAGGGUUCCGUCGAGGACAUUCAGAUCUCGCUCGCGCCGUACAUCCAGAGCUAUCUGACGCAGACGGGCCGGAGGCCGUCCUGCUGCAGCGUAAUGCUACCGGUGGCGUUCGAGCGGGCCGCACCGCGGUCCUGGUUCGACCCGCGGUUCGAUUCGCCGGUGCUGGAGGGACAGUUCCAGUCCAGCGUCUUUCCCCAGAUACGGCUCAAGUUUAGGUUCGCCCUCUUCUACAUCCUGCUGUGCUCCCUGGUGUGGCUGUUUUACUUCCUGUUCGACGGUGGGCCCACCCAGUACACCCUGCUAACCGUGUCGAUCGGCCUCAUCCUGGUGUUUGGCCUGGUCGGCAUGUGGCUGACGCACACCGACGUGUACCGGGCCCACACGAACCUGAUCUCGUCGACGUGCGCCAUCCUGCUGUGUCUGUUUUCGUUGUUCCUGUUGCUGUUCACGGACGAGGCGUUGAGUCCGCUGGGGCACUUUUCGAUCUGCAUCGAGGUCGUGAUGCUGAUCUACACCAUCAUUCCGCUGCCGCUGUGGCUGUGCUGCACGAUAACGACCGUGUACUCGGUGUGCUUCGAGGUGUUGUCGUUCUUCUGCCAGCUGCACUACGACCAGCAGCCGAGCGUGGAGUCGCUGGGGCAGGGCCCGGACCGGUUCGACGGGGACUCGACGGGGAAUUUCGUGUACAAGAUCGUCACGAUUCGGGUGUUGAUCCAGCUGUGCGUGCACAUCUUAGGCGUGCACAUCCUGAUCAUGACCGUGGUCCGGAUGCGGGGGACGUUCAUGAAGGUCGGCCAGAAUCUGCUCGUGCGGAGGCAGCUCGAGAUGGAGAAGCAACUCAAGGAGAAGAUGAUCCACUCGAUGAUGCCGCCGAAGGUGGCCGACCUGCUGCUCAAGGAGAGCGGCUCCGUCGUCAAAGGGAUGAGCUUCGACCAGUGCCCACCGCGGCGUGCGACGCCGUCCGACCUGAAGAGUCUGUUCCGACCCUUUCACAUGAACAGCAUGGACAACGUGAGCAUCCUGUUUGCGGACAUCGUAGGAUUCACCAAGAUGUCAUCCACGAAGACCGCCGAACAACUGGUCGAAAUCCUGAACGACCUGUUCGAGCGAUUCGACGACCUUUGCCUCAUGAACGGGUGCGAAAAGAUCUCAACGCUCGGGGAUUGCUAUUACUGCGUGUCCGGAUGUCCGGAACCCCGGCCCGACCAUGCCAUCUGUUGUGUGGAGAUGGGCCUCGGGAUGAUCCAGUCGAUUCGGGUGUUUGACGCGCAGCGGCAGGAGGGCGUCAAGAUGCGGGUGGGGGUUCACACGGGGACGGUGCUGUGCGGGAUCGUCGGGACGAAGCGGGUCAAGUUUGACGUGUGGAGCAACGACGUGACGUUGGCCAAUAGGAUGGAAUCGAGCGGGCGGCCCGACCAGGUUCACGUUUCGGAAGAAACGUGCAGUUUUCUCGGGGAUUCCUACUUUAUCGAGGAGGGCGAGGAAGUUGACGGCCACCGCACCUACUUCGUCCUCGGCAAGAAGCAGGACCUGGUCAGCUCCAUAACCGAGGGCCUGUCCAGCAUCGGUCUCCCCCCGGGAGACCACCUGCUCCUCUCGUCCUCCCCUCUGGACAUAUCAAGCGGCGGCGGAGCCGCCCAUCCUCACCACCCCCACGCCCACCACCAUCACUCGUUCUCGCAGAGCGCCACCAACCUGUCCUCGAUCCACCCGGCCGUUCCCCCAGCAUCCCCCGCCGGCCCGGUAUCCUCCUCACUGAACCCCUCCCCCGUGUCCAGUCCCCGCCCCCGGAUAGCAUCGCUCUCCAAGAUGACCAAGUUCCUGAAGGGGAAGAGCAGCGCAAGCCACAACAAUCAUCACGUCGUGACGGCGAACGGCGGCCUGGACAAGCCGAAGAUCAUCGUCAGCACCAAGUCGAUGCCGAACGGGAUCGACUCGGACGAGGAGGGGGGCGAAGCUGUUGCGGUGUCGUCGGUGAUCAACGAGAAGAGUUCCGGCGGGUUUCGCAGCUGGAAGGUGGGCAAGUUCCUGAAGCGGAUGGACUCGGGCGGGACGGCGGACGCCGUCGGAACGGACAAGCAAGACUGUGAUAGGAGGGGCGAGGUAGAAGUGCCAUGUUUGGGGGAGGUUCAGCGGGAGGGUUGUAGCAGUGGUGGUUACCAGCAGUUGCCGAUCGUGAUCGUCACUCCGAGACCGAGCUGUCACACGCUGGAGGUGGCGACCUGUUCGGUCCAGGGGAGUGGCGGCAGGUCGAGGGAUCGCGAGGGCUCGAAAUCGUUGAGUGCGGGGUGCGGGGGAGGGGCGGGGGAUAGCCUGAGUCAGAACUCGGUCUUUGAUGACAUAAUUGACGUGAGGUCGUACAUCUCGCAGAGUCGGAGUGACAUUUCUCCGUUUGCGCGGACGGGUAGUUACCGAUCGCAGCAGUGUGAGAAGGCGUCGCUGGUGACGGAAGCGCCCUGUGGGAGGCCGCGGAGUUCGACGAUCGCGGCGAAUUGUGUGGAGGUUGGAGGUAGUAGGCAUGGGUCGGUUUGUCCGAGUGGGAGGUUGCUUUGCGAUGGAGCGAGUUUGUGCCCGUCGGCGACCUCCAGGAAGGACUCCGGCAUUCGGUCCAACAGUAGACGGUCCAGUAUUCAGCAGCACAUCAUGUUGAUGAAUCAGAGUGCGGCGUUGUCGGCGCAUCGAGUGUCCGGGUACUUUACCAGUUCGCAGUCUAGUCUAUCGGCGGUGGUCGCAGCCAGUGGUAUGAACGCAGCCGAUGGAGCGCCGGUCAUGGCGCUCAAAACUAACGGGGACAUCAACGACCUUCGGUGUGUCAUUAAGGAACCCCAUCCGGACCCGUUGGCAGCGUGCUUGCAGCAGUUGCGUAAGCAAUCCGACCUGCAGCUGAUCCGCUGCGUUCGUGACAACGCACGCAGCCAGCGAAGUUACCUGGUGAAACCUCCGCUCCUGCCGAUCUCCCUCUGCUUCAAAUCACGCCAAAUGGAGCACGAGUUCCGCUCGAAGGCGCAUCGCCUAGGUAGCGAGUCGGAACUCGAGGGUGGUCCACCAACGCUGGCCACCCCGAAGUAUAACACCUAUAUCGACAUCUUCGUGUCCUUCCUGAUCUACCUGGCGACCUCCACCUCCCUGUUCCUCCUGUCCCCCUCCGUCUACCUGGAGUCCUACAAAGUCUGGGUCUGCAUCUUCAUGGCCUUCAGCACGGUCCAGCUGUUCGCACUCUUCAUCUGCACCAAACAGGUCUGCCGGAGGACCCACAAGUACGCCCGCCGAUCGCGACCUCCCGUCACCCAAAGCUGCUACGACAGCAUCCUCAGCCUCGUCUCCAACUGGUACCCGUGGCACCUGUGCGGAGCCGUCCUGAUGUCCCUCCCCGUCAUCUCGAUCCUCUCCAACUUUGCCAUGAUGGACGUCACCAAGUUCAAGAUCUUCGAGUUCCACUACGGCUUCCUCAUGUUCAUCUGCGUGAUCCACUUCUGCAACUUCACCCAGCUCAACUGCUGGAUGCGCAACACCCUGGCGUUCGUAACGUCCGUCGCCUUCGUCGGCAUCGCCAUCGGACACAUGCUCGAGCUCAAGUACAGUGCCGCCGCAGCCACCAACAACGCAACCCUCAUCCCGACCCCCGACGCCCCCUCCCUCCAGCAAGCCCAGUUCGACUGGUUCCACGACUACCGGAUCGAAAUCUACGUCGACCUCGUCCUCCUGCUCGUCCUCGUCUGGUUCCUGAACCGCGAGUUCGAGAUCAGCUACCGGCUCAGCUUCUACGGCAGUGCCGUCGCCAACCAGGACAAGAUCCGCGUCCAAAACAUGAAGAACCAGGCGGACAUGCUCCUGCACAACAUCAUCCCCAAGUACGUCGCCGAACAGCUCAAAAACACCGCCAAGUACUCCGAAAACCACCGCAACAUCGGCAUCAUCUUCGCCAGCAUCGUCAACUUCAACGAGAUGUACGACGAGUCGUACCUCGGCGGCAAGGAGUACCUGCGCGUCCUCAACGAACUCAUCGGCGACUUUGACGAGCUGCUCGCCCGGCCCGAGUUCCGCUGCGUCGAAAAGAUCAAAACCAUCGGCUCCACCUUCAUGGCCGCGUCCGGCCUCGACCCGGGUAGCCGCGGCGAAGACUACGAGCACCUGUACACCCUGCUCGACUUCGCGAUCGCCAUGCAGCAGGUCGUCGAUUCGUUCAACCGCGAUCUGCUCGAGUUCAACCUGAUCAUGCGCGUGGGGUACAACUUUGGGGACGUGACGGCGGGCGUCAUCGGGACGAGCAAGCUGUACUACGACAUCUGGGGCGACGCGGUGAACGUGGCCUCGCGGAUGGACUCGACGGGGGUGCCCGGGCGCAUCCAGUGCGGUCUGGCGUGCGUUCCGGUGCUGUCGGAGCGGUACGAUUUCGAGCCCCGCGGCAAGGUUUACGUCAAGGGGAAGGACCACAUGGAGGUGUACCUGCUGGUGGGGAAGAAACCGGACCUGCUGGGGCCACCCGAGCUGGAUGUGGGGAUGUAGAUUGGCUAAUUCUAGCAGGACGCAACCACAAAUAGCUAGCUGGGAAUCAUGACCUGCUCUGGUAUCUGAGCUGGCCGCGAGAAUGUACUUUUAAAGGGAGGGGUACGCAGCCAGACAUUCAAAAUCUACCGGUACGCAACCAGUAAUAGCAGCACGCAACUACAAAUAGCUACUCGGGAAACCUGACCUGCUGAGUCACCCGAGCUGAACGUAGAAAUCUAGACUUUUUUUUAUUGGGUCCUAUCGAGGGGAUGGCAACCCUAUUGUCUUUUUGCAGGCAGAACAUAACCAAACUUUUUGGCACCCUCAGCAAACGUCAAAUCUCCCCCGAAAAAGAUCCGGCAGCAAUUUUGUAUGGUUUGACGUUUGCGGAGUGUACAAUUCCAACCAAAGCAAACUAAUAGCGGUCGAAAUUUGUCACGUUUGUCCAAUGAGAGCCCUCAACAAAAGCACCAGCCAAUGGGUUUUUAAUUUUGAAAUGUAUCGCAAUUUAAACGAUAAAUUUCUGAAAAAACAUGUGAAUUGUGUUGCUGAUGGCAAAUUCUAUCACAUUAUUGGAGAUUCUAUUCCAAUAUUGGCUGAAAAUUCGUUUAUAAAAAAGUGAUUUUUCUGUUUACCUUUUUUCCCUUUUUUGUUUUGGUCGAUCAAACAGUGCGCCCGUACACUGAGAAUCGGCAUUACACAUUUUUUGAAGCGUCAAGUUUCCUCUUAGUAAAUUUUUUUUUGAUAAUAUGGUAAGUUUCAAAGCAUAAAUACUAAAAAAAUCACAAAAUACCGUAUUUUUUCUAAAAGUACUCAAUUUUCAAUAUGGGUAUCAAACGAUUCGAAAUUUUGCAUGAAUUUUCACUGUUUUAGAAUUUGUUGAUUGAAAUACUAAAAAUUUUCACAAAAUACCAUAUUUUCUCGAAAAUACUAAAAUUUUUAUAAUUCGCAAUAUGGGUAUCAAACGAUUCGAAAUUUUGCAUGUAUUUCAACUGUUAAAGAUUUUUUUGAAUGAAAUACUCAAGUUUUAACAAAAUACAGUAUUUUUUGGAAAUACUAAAAAAAAAAUACGAUUCGCAAUAUGGGUAUCAAACGAUUCGAAAUUUUAAAUGAAUUUCAAAUGUUUUUGAGUUUUUUGAUUGUAAUACUAAAAUUUUCACAAAAUACCUUAUUUGCUCAAAAAUACUCAUUUUUUUAUAAUUUGCAAUAUGAGUAUAAAACGUUAUAAAAUUUUGCAUGUAUUUUAACCGUUUUAGAGUUUUUAUGAAUGAAAUACCAUAUUUUCUCGAAAAUACUAAAAAAUGUAUUAUUCUCAAUAUGGGUAUCAAAUGUUUUAAAAUUUUGCAAGUAUUUUAACUGUUUUAGGGUUUUUUGAAUGAAAUACUCAAAUUUUCACAAAAUACCGUAUUUCCACGAAAAUACUUAAUUUUUUAUAAUUCGCAAUAUGGGUAUCAAACGAUUCAAAAUUUUAAAUGUUAAUCAACGGUUUUAGGGAUUUUAGAAUGUAAUACUAAAAUUUUCACAAAAUACCGUAUGUUUUCGAAAAUACUCAAAUUUUUAUAAUUCGCAAUAUGGGUAUCAAACGAUUCGAAAUUUUGCAUGUAUUUUGACUGUUUUAAAGAUUUUUUGAAUUAAAACAGGUAAAAUUUCGCGGGUUUAAACCCAUGUUGCGAAUUAUAAAAAUUUUAAUGUUUUCGAGAAAAUGCGGUAAAAUCUCUAAAACGGUUAAAUUACAUGUAAAAUUUCGAAUCGUUUGAUACCCAUAUUGCAAAUUAGAAAAAAAUGAGUAUUUUUGAGAAAAUACGGCACUUUGUGAAAAUUUGAGCACUUCAUUCAAGAAAAUCUAAACCAGUUAAAAUACAUGCCAAAUUUUAAAUCGUUUGACACCCAUAUUGCAAAUUAUAAAAGUUUGAGUAUUUUCGAGAACAUACGGUAUUUUGUGAAAAUUUGAGUAUUUCAUUCAAAAAAACUCUAAAGCAGUAAAAGUGCAUGCAAAAUUUCGAAUCGCUUGACACCCAUAUUGUGAAUUAAAAAAAUAGUAUUUUCGAGAAAAUACUUAAAAUACUUAAAAAAUACGGUAUUUUGAUUUUUUGUAUUUAAACUUUGAAACUUACCAUAUUAUCAAAAAAAUAUUUACUAAUUUCAUUUAACAUAAUUUGGUUAGUUUUAGUCAAUUUUUGAAAUAUAUUAUAUAUAAAUUAUCGUCCGUUAUCGUCGAUAAAAUUAUCACCGAUAGAAAUAUCGCAAUAACGAUAACGAUAGAUUUUCGGAACUUCCAAGAUGGCGACUUCUUCGCUUACUCCGAUGGACAUUGACAUAAGGUGUGAAAGGGAUACACUCAAUGUUUACAUUUGUUUAUAGGACCUAAUAAAAAAAAGUCGAGAAAUGUUGUUUAAAAAUGAGGGGUUCGCAGCCAGAAAUGUCAAAUUUGAGCGGUGCGCAACCAGUAAUAGCAGUACGCAACCACAACUAGCUAGCUGUGGGUGCGUUCCGGGUCGAACGUCAAAACGAAUUGAGGUGCCGCAACCACGAGUAGCUAGCGAGGGUGCCGCCACCCAAAAUUGGGUGGUCAAGAAAAACGGGUGUAACUAGGACAACGCAGGGCAGCUACCAAGAGAGUCAAUUCGGUCAAAAUGCUGCCCGGACGCGGCUCUCAAAAUGGCGGAAAUUUCGGCACGCGACGCAGCCAUUCGUGCCGAACUUCCCGUCAAUUUGAGUUUUGAGAUCUGAUGUUCUGAUUGUUUUUUUCGACACCAAUUUUUCCAGUGUUCAUUCCUGUCACUUUUAAGCACUGAAACAAAUGCAUUUUUGAUAAAUGUAGCAAUUUGAGCAAAUUUUUAGACAAUAAUCAGAAUUUUAUCAGGUUUAAUCUGGAUGUAGAGUGUCAACAGGUCCCUUGAAACGACUUUGUUUUCGAUGUUGCUAGCAAUAAAUUGUAAAUAGUAGAUUUAGUAACAGUGACACGCACUGGAACAAAACAGCACGUGUUUUUUAAUGGUAAAGCACUCAGGAAAUGUUUCACCUGGAAUUGUUUGAGUUUGAGUCGCGACCCGGCAGCAUUUUGGUCGAAUUUGGUGUGAUUUAGCACGGGAAAAAAAACCUAAAAGAAACCACGUCUAACGUAAUUCCUCGUAGAAUGUAGACGAAAAUACGAUUUUCUAUUGUUUAUAGACUUCCUCCUUGCCAUUUUAGGGAAACAAAAUUGACUAAGAAAAAUUUCGCGAAAAAACAGCUUGCACAUUUUUCUACGUGUACACACUUCAGAGAACUGAACUAAAACAAACAACUAUUUGCUAUCGUAUGAGUGGAGCAAGCUAAAAACAACAAAUAGAGUAUGGGAAUAACCGCACUACUGUAAAGAAAAAGUGCAGUUUUUUAGAAAAAAAGAACAACAAUGUACUUUACGUGCCUUCUCUUGAAAGAAAAAAAAAUAAAUGAAAUAAAACACUUUUAAUCUGUUGGUUCUAUCCUAUUUUAGAGUGCGCACUGCGCAAACACUGAAAUAAAACGGUACGCUAAAUUUAAGCAGCAAAGGUUACGAAAUUGACAGUCGGUUUUAAAUGAAUGCAAGACAUUUUUUAAAGAAGAAUAAACAAGUAAAACAUCUUUAUUGACGCUUUUCCGCAAAACAGAUAUUCUCACAUUAAUUUUUGGUAGAAUCAUAGUCGCAAAACACUGGAAAAAAAUUAACUCGUGCCAAUGAUAUUCACCUACUCAACUGCACACAACAAGCUCCGAACUGUAAACGUAACGUAUGGAAACAAAAGAAACACACAAAUACACAGAGAAGUCGAACGUAAAAACUUGAUAAUCUUGCCAAUAUAUCCUACUUGCCCUCGUAUUUAUAUAAAAAAAAAACAAAAAAACAAACAAUAUUUAUAUAUUUACUGUGUCUUCACAAAA